CUUUCCCGGUUUUGUCCGUGCAAUUCUGAACUACCGCGAGAGCUCCUGUGAAGACCACCUUGCGCAACAGUUGCCCAAGCCAGCAUGGAGGAAACGCCAAGGACGAUAAUCAACGACGAUCCAUAUUCCUGGGAUAUUGCAUGGAAGAAGAAUAUAACGCCCUGGGACAAGGACAAGCCUCAACCGGCACUGCGCGAGCUGAUAGAAUCGAACGCAGUCGACCUCCCACGUGGUCAAGACAAGACAGCGUUAGUACCAGGAUGUGGCUCGGGCAACGACGUAGCUUACCUUGCUGCUGCUUUGGGCGUAAGAACGGUCGGCGUAGAUGUUUCUCCCAAGGCUGUGGAAGUGGCAGCUGAGAGGCUCAAAGUCACGCCCAUGCCAGAGGAGGCGCGCGGCUUGGUGAGCUUCCAGGCAGCGGACUUCUUCACCUUGAAAGGGCAAUAUGAUUUGGUCUACGACUAUACCUUCUUUGUUGCCAUCCCGCCUAAUCGACGACCUGACUGGGGUCGUCAGAUGGCUGCCUUAGUCAAGCGCGGCGGGCUGCUCGUAACGCUGGCCUAUCCGCUAGCCGAAUCGGACAAGGGAUGGGGACCUCCGUGGUUCCUUCUCCCGGAGCAUUACGACGAAGUGCUGCAAGCGGAGGAGUGGGAGAAAGAGAUCAACGAUAUGCCAUUGGCGAGCGAGGGGGAGCAUGUGGGCCGCGAGAGGAUGAUGGUCUGGCGGAGGAAGUAAGCACUUGGCGAAGGAAGUAAGGUCACCUUAUUCGAAGCAGUCGGAAUUGGCAGCAAUUACGAGGCGAAUGGAACAAAAAAUUAAGGAGUGGUCCGACG